AUGGAUGUCGACGCCAUUACCGAGCGCCAGGCCUCCACCGCCGAUGCCAUGGCGAACCAGAAGCGCAAAAGUGUGGUGAACCAAGGCCUCACCGGUGCCUCUGCUCUGACGGUCCGACAGUCCAUCUUCCCUGUCGCACUGGUCACGCUCCUCUUCUUCCUCUGGGGUUUCGCCUACGGCCUACUCGACGUGCUAAACGCCAAGUUCCAAACGUCGCUCAACAUCACCGCCGCUAAGGCCGGCGGGCUUCAAGGCGCGUACUUUGGCGCUUACUUCAUCGGCCCCCUGACGUACUCUGGCUAUAUCGUGCGCAGAUUCGGGUACCGUGUCACCUUCAUGACCGGCCUCUGCAUCUACGGGGUCGGAGCACUAAUGUUCUGGCCCUCGGCGGUGUACAAGUCCUUCGGCGGCUUCUGCGGCAGCCUGUUCAUCGUCGGCAGCGGGCUCUCGACGCUCGAAACGUCUGCCAACCCCUACAUUGCGACCUGUGGACCCCCACGCCUGUCUGAGUUCCGUCUGGAGCUUUCGCAGUCCUUCCAGGCUGUGGGGUCUGUCGUCGCGCCACUGCUGGCCUCGCGUGUCUUCUUCAAGCACACGCACUCCACAGACCUCUCCCACGUCCAGUGGACCUACGUCGGCAUCGCUGCGUUUGUCUUCCUCCUCGCCGUGGUCUUCUUCUUCGCACCUCUCCCCGAGGUCACUGACGCGGACAUGGCCCUCCAGGCAGAACAGUGCGCCGACCUGACGGGAUACGAGGUGAAGCCCCUACGCAAACAGUACAAGCUCUUUUUUGGCGUCGCCGCGCAAUUCACCUACGUCGGAGCCCAGGUCGCCGUCGCCUCCCAGUUCAUCAGAUACGCCCAGGAGUCAGCUGGCAUUAGCGAAGCGGCCGCAUCCGACCGCUACGCCAUCGGCCAGGCUCUCUUCGCCAUUGGUCGCUUCGCCGCCGCCGGUCUGUUCAUGUUCGUCAAGCCGCGCCUGGUCCUUUUGGUCUUCAUGACCAUGAUCAUGGUAUUCAUCGCCUGCUCCAUGGGAGUAGAGGGGGAAGGCGGCGUCGCCAUGCUCUCUCUAGUGCUUUUUUUCGAGUCGUGCAUCUUCCCUACCAUCUUCACCCUAAGCAUCCGAGGUCUAGGACGGGAUACAAAGCGAGGUUCUUCUUGGAUCGUGGCUGCCGUUUCGGGCGGAGCUCUAUUCCCAGCCUUGACGGGCUUGGCGGCUGACAACUUCGGCUCCUACCAUCUGGCCAUGUGUGUACCGCUCUGUGGCUUCUUUGUCAGCUUCGUGUUCCCAAUCUACCUGAAUGUCUUCUGCAGGAAGGAGUUGGAUGGUUUCCGGGCGACAAAGAUUGGAUACAAGGACGAGGGACGCGGAACCAUCAUCGGUGACGCCGACGACAUCCAAACCUUCGAGGCCAUGGCCAAGAGACAAUCAGUGAUGGUGGAAAAGGUCUGA